AAAGAAAAAAGAAAAAUCAAGGCGCGUUUCACAUUAUUCUCGUUUUUUUCUCACAAAUCCGAAGGUCCAUUCCUUCCUCGCCCUUGCUCUCGCUCCUCCUCUCGAGGCUCUUAGAUCGAAUCCGGGGUUGCUGGGUUGAAAUGGGUGUGGCACAGAACAGUAUUGACAUGGAGGAGGGAACAUUGGAGAUUGGCAUGGAAUACAGGACUGUUUCUGGAGUGGCAGGACCUCUAGUUAUUUUGGAGAAGGUCAAGGGACCCAAGUACCAGGAAAUUGUCAAUAUUAGAUUGGGAGAUGGCACAACUCGACGUGGGCAGGUCCUUGAAGUUGAUGGUGAGAAGGCUGUUGUGCAGGUUUUUGAGGGAACGUCAGGAAUUGACAACAAAUAUACAACUGUCCAAUUCACAGGAGAGGUUUUGAAAACACCUGUUUCCUUGGAUAUGCUUGGACGGAUUUUCAAUGGUUCAGGGAAACCAAUAGAUAAUGGUCCUCCAAUUUUGCCUGAGGCUUACUUGGAUAUUUCUGGAAGUUCAAUCAAUCCCAGUGAACGAACAUAUCCUGAAGAGAUGAUUCAAACAGGAAUAUCAACCAUUGAUGUCAUGAACUCUAUUGCUCGAGGGCAAAAAAUCCCUCUUUUUUCUGCAGCCGGUCUUCCUCAUAAUGAAAUAGCUGCUCAAAUUUGUAGACAAGCUGGUUUGGUGAAGCGUUUGGAGAAGUCUGAUAAUCUUUUGGAGGAUGGAGAGGAGGAGAAUUUUGCAAUUGUGUUUGCAGCUAUGGGAGUAAACAUGGAAACUGCACAGUUUUUUAAACGAGAUUUUGAAGAAAAUGGUUCAAUGGAGCGAGUCACCCUUUUCCUAAAUCUGGCAAAUGACCCCACAAUUGAACGUAUUAUCACCCCUCGAAUUGCUCUCACUACAGCAGAAUACUUAGCUUAUGAAUGUGGGAAGCAUGUGCUUGUCAUCCUAACAGACAUGAGCUCAUACGCAGAUGCACUUCGUGAGGUAUCUGCAGCCAGAGAGGAGGUCCCUGGAAGACGUGGUUAUCCUGGGUACAUGUAUACUGAUCUGGCUACUAUUUAUGAGCGUGCUGGACGUAUAGAGGGAAGAAAAGGAUCUAUCACACAGAUCCCUAUCUUGACCAUGCCUAAUGAUGAUAUAACACAUCCAACACCUGAUCUUACUGGAUACAUCACUGAGGGUCAAAUCUACAUUGACAGGCAGCUUCAUAAUCGGCAGAUAUACCCUCCGAUCAAUGUCCUCCCAUCACUCUCAAGGCUGAUGAAGAGUGCAAUUGGUGAGGGCAUGACUCGCCGUGAUCACUCGGAUGUGUCUAACCAGCUCUACGCUAAUUAUGCUAUUGGGAAAGAUGUUCAAGCCAUGAAAGCAGUUGUCGGAGAGGAGGCACUCUCUUCAGAGGAUCUGCUGUACCUAGAGUUUCUGGAAAAGUUUGAGAGGAAAUUCGUUACCCAAGGGGCAUAUGACACCCGAAACAUUUUCCAGUCUCUUGAUCUUGCCUGGACGCUGCUUCGCAUCUUCCCUCGAGAGCUUCUCCAUCGCAUACCUGCGAAGACUUUGGACCAGUACUACAGCCGAGACAGCGCGCACUGAAACUGUCCGUCAGAGCCUUAUUUUUUUCCCCGAAAAAUUAUAUUGAGAGUUGCAUAAAUAAAUUUAUUUUGCUAUCACCUUCAACUCGGCGGUUUGUCUGUCUGAUAGUUUAGGUACUUAUUCUUUUCCUGUCAAAAUUCUCUGGUAUUUAUAAUGCCUUUGCAAGGCAUUUGUAACAUUAUUCCUUUUUCCCACUGGUGAUGCUAAAUUUGGUGUUUCAAGGUUAUCUAUAUAAAUUCAACUUAUCAAUGGCUGAA